AUGUCAGGCCGCAACAACCGGAAAAGGGGAAUUCCAGAUAGGUGGACACACUACAAAGCGAUGGGCAGGCGAAUCCACGGUACUCGUUUUUUGGCCUUCAAGGUUCCUCUCAAGGAGUCGUUCAACCAGAUGCUAGCGCCCUCUCAGGUCUUUGGACCGCGGGAGCUCCUGGACGCCGUCCGACAAGAAGGUCAUGAGCUGGGCGUGAUCUUGGACCUGACCUACACCACGCGCUACUACGGACCAGGGGACCUCCCGCCGUGGCUGGAGCAGGUGAAAAUCAAGACCGCGGGUCAGGUCAUCCCUGCCGAUGAUGCCAUCCUGGCCUUCAAGCGAGCCGCGCGCCGAUUCCUGCGGGACAAUGCCGACAAUGACAAGCUGAUCGGUGUCCAUUGCACGCACGGACUCAACAGGACGGGCUACAUGAUCUGCAGGUAUCUGAUCGACAUGGAAGGGAUGGAUCCCGGCGAGGCCAUCCGUCGGUUUAACUCUUGUCGCGGUCACAACAUUGAGAGAAGCAACUACCUGAACGACCUUCUCCGAGGACCCACCAGAAGGUAA